CGAUAAAGAUAAUAUUAUCUGCAGCGAGAAAACGAAACCUUGUCCGCGCACCCUUUUGAUGGCUGAUGCUAACUGCGCUCCCAAUUGAAGUCCUGGAACUGUUUGUCCAAAAGGAGGAGCGGGCCCGAACAGAUCUUGGGGGAACCGCCGUCCAUGGCGGCGAAAGGGGAGAUCUUGGAGCUGAAAAGGAGCUCCAGCUCCAGCUCCGGCAAUAACUGGGAGAGGAUAGUGAACGACGUGGUGAGAAUAGAGAAGAGGUUGUUCCCGAAGCACGAGUCUCUGGCCAGGUCAUUCGAGGAGGAGCUGAGGAAGAAGAACGCCGGGCUGCUCUACUUGGAACUGGACGGAGAAGUCGCGGGCUACGUCAUGUACGCUUGGCCCUCUUCGCUGUGCGCCUCCAUCACCAAGCUCGCAGUGAAAGAGAGCUGCCAAAGGCAAGGGCAUGGAGGGUCGUUGCUGCGAGCGGCGAUUCAGAAGUGCAGAGAGAGGAAAGUGCAGAGGGUCACGCUCCACGUAGAUCCUCUGAGGGCUCCCGCCAUGAAUCUGUACAAGAAAUCGGGGUUCCAAGUCGACAGCUUGGUCCGAGGUUACUACUCUUCGGACCGCGACGCCUAUCGGAUGUUCUUGGAUUUCGAUGCGGACUGAUUCACCGUCCCAAAAACGAUGUCUUCAUCGCAGACUCUUUUUAAGUUACCGAUUGAUUGAGAAGGACUCCCGAUGGCUAUGUUGAAUGCACAUGCAUUCUUAUGGAUGGGGACGAAGACCACUUAUCUUUUGCAAAAUGUUCGAUGUUUGUUCAAAUCUCUAUUUUUUUUUAUUUUUUUUUUGCAGUCGAA